GAAGACAUUAACAAACAACUUGAACAUAAUUAUCAACGAGUGGAAAACUCCUUUGCUGUAAAGGAAGAAGAAAUUGCAGAAUUGUAUACAGAUUUACAAUUAAAACUUAAUAUACCCAAGUAGUUAUUUUAUAAAAUGGACUCUAUAACAACCAUUAAAGAUAGCCGCAUUAAGGUAACAGCCUCCAAAAACCUUAUAGAUUUACUGGAAAAACAUAAAACUCAUUUAAACGAAGUACCCGAAAAUAUACGCAAAUUUCUACAAAGUCAUGCUAUACAACUGUCCUCAAAUGUAGAGAUUAUAAAAGAAAACACCACACAAAAAACCCAGGUUAUUAAUUUAAAACUUUUGAAAGAAUUACUUAAAGAGGAAAUUUCCGAGAAUUCAACUAAAAUCCCGGAAGAGAAUAAAUCCACAAAUAACAGCAAAAAUACCAAAUCAAAUAUAGACUUGCAUUUAUAUUUAAGUGAUUUACGUUGGUUAAGUAAUUUUUUGACAAAACUGCGCAAAGAUCAAGGUUUGGACGUAUACUUAAAUGAUGUUUUAGAAACCUGUCAAUUGGAAUUACCUCAGAAUGAGAUCAUUAAAAGAAACCCUGAAUUGGAGGCACGCUGCCAAAGACUGCGUGAUGAACAACAAAAUUUAGAAUAUCGCAAAAUGACAAAAAAUGUAGAUGCCGUACUCCAACACUAUCCCGAGGAUACUGUGGCCUAUCAAAUCAAAGCUAUAAAUAGCCAAAUUAUAGCAGUGCUACAGUUCGUCUUCUCGGUAGCGGCAGGUUUUGCUUUUGGUUUUCUUGGCAUAAAUCUAAUCAUUGGCAAUAUGGAAUUUGGUCUACGUUUAUUGUUGGGCAUCAUGUGCGCUUUAAUUAUUGCUUUGGCUGAAAUUUACUUCUUAGCAAAGAAACUCCAUGAAUACGACAACACGGUAGAUACCGUUAAUGAGGCCAUGAAGAAAACUGCGCCAUCAAAUAAAAAAAUACAUGCUGACUAGAGGACUUAAGUCAGCUAAUAACAUUAUUGUCUGUCUUAUUUAUAUUUACAUAUAUAAAAAAAUAUCAUGUUAAAGUUAAUAUAAUAUAUACUAUAUUUAAAUUCCCACUUAUUUAAUAUAUUUUAAAACCUUGUUUGGUAUUACACAUUAUAAAA